CAAAAAUAUAACUACUGUAAACAAAUUCAACAUAUCUCAAUAAAAUUAAAAUUAUCUCCGUGUUAUCUAUAUUGCUGGUAUGAUUGGUUUUUUUUAGAUUUGAAGAGAUUAUGUGGUCCAAAAGGAAAGACUUGUCUGGAAUCUUCCAGAAAUUGACAGGAAGACCUUACGUUGUCGAUAUACCUAAUCGACUGCCAGAUUUCCGGAUUCGGUCCACGGAGAAAGAUGAUUUCUUCUGCCUACAGACCAUGGCAGAACAUUUGGAAACUGCCUGUUUUCCACCUCCUGACUUUUGUUACUUAAUGGAGAUGGCAAAUUUGAUGUAUACAGUUGUUGGUAAAAAUGACGAAAUUCUCGGUCAUGCGACUUUUAUGGAUUUUCCAGAAAUUUAUCCUAAAGGAGUAGACGAAUCAUCUUGGAUACAGUGGUUGAAUAGUCAAGUUAGGGAUCAUAGUUUUAAGUUUAUAAAUGCAAUUUUCUUACAUUAUUUUGUAUUUGUAAACCCUCUUCUCUCAGUGCAUUAUUUGAAACAAAUUCUACAAUAUUUAUUUGAAAAUGAAUAUCAUAUACAAUAUUGUUUUGUCAUCUUAUUGAAAACUGUUAAACAAGGUGAGUUUUAAUUGUUAGUGCUAUCAAUGUAAUUUUCUACAUAAUUUCUCUUAUUCAAGAUAAUAUUAAGCAUAUUUAUUAGCUUAUUAACUUCCAAACAAGGAAGUUAAACUUUUUAAAAUUCAAGUUACAUAUUCAAAAAAUUCAUAAUUUUUCUGUAAUAUGUUUUCUUUUUAAUUGGACUGCAAUGUUAACUUUCUCAUGGAUUAAAUUAAUUAGUAGCUUUUCUAUAAAUGUCAAGAAGAAUAGAAGUUGAAUCUGCAGUUUGAACAAUCAGGUUGAUAUGUUAUGUCGUUUGCUAUUCAGACUUCCAUUUCAUCUUUAUAUGUAAUUUAGACUUGUAAUACAAUAAUGCAGUUCAGCUCAUUAAUUUCAACUGUGUUUGAUUACUGUAUACACCCAAUUCUGCUUUUACACCCAAAAAAUCUGUGUAGAAAAGACACUAUCCAUAUGAAAAAUGGAAGAUUGGUUAAUCAUCUUAAAAACUAGUAAAAUACAAUAAAUUACAAUAAAUACAAAUAAAAUACAAUAAUACAAUAAAUUUAUUAAUACAAUAGGAUGUGGUCAAACAAAAUAUUUCAAGUUUAGUUAAUAAAUCGAAGAAGAGACAAUUGUAACAUACUUAUCAGAAAAAUUUAAUAAAUUUAUAUUUGCACAAAUUUAAUUUUAUUUAUUAUUUGACUUUAAUUAAACACCAGACUAUCACUAUUUUUUAACACCUAAUGAUGAGAAAAAAACCUCUCUGCCAUAUUGAAAGAAAUUAGAAGAAAUUCAGCCAUACAAACAAUCAUCAAACAUUGAAUUAAAUGUUUUCCAUCUGCAUUGGUCGAGGGAUAAAUUCUGAGCAAAUUGCUAUACACUUUCAAAUAAGUGAUAAUGAAUAUUCAAAACUUAAAAUACAAUAUACAGGUAUCCCUUGUAUAACACGGCAGUUACUUUCCAAAAAAGUGCCAUGUUAUGCAAAUCCAUGCUAUAUGAAACACUGGACUAGUCAAAGGGUUAAGUUCCAAAAGUUAACGAAAGUAUACUAUUUUUUUUAUUACUAAGAAAAAUAUGUUUAUUAAA